AUGGGAAACAUUGGUAUGUGUUAUUGUUCAAACGGACCAGACGAUUACGGCCUCGCACUAGAGUCGUUUGAACGAGCACUGGAAAUAUGCGAAAAAACUUUGUCCCAAACACAUCCGUUAGUCAAAUGUUUUGAACAGUAUGUCAGUGACGUCAAAAAUGAACUCGUUAUCACACGUCAUUAACGUCUCUAUGGUUAGCUUACCUUGGACCAGAUCGUUGAGAGUAACUUGUGCUAAUUGAGAAUAUAUUUUAAUUAUUGUUCACGAUUACUACAUUACUAUCACAUUACGCGGGUUUAUUGUUCAUUAAGGGUCCUCCAAUAGUCCUUUUCUCAUUUCAUUCAUUUUUAGAGAUAUUUGAUCGUUCUGCAUUAUUAGAUUUUUUUCCUUUUUUCUAUUUUUGUUAAAAAACGUCUCUUUUGUUUCUUAUUCUUUUGAAUCAGAUGAAUUCUUCACGUUUCUCGCUUUAUCUCAAGUUAAAAACAAUUGGUUAUCUAUCGAAGGAGGUGACCUUACUGACCUUACUCCGGAGGAAGAGGAGUAAGGUCAGAGAUUAUCCCUUUUCGGAGAGAGAGCUUUCUAUGAAAUUUCUUUCACAGAAUUUGCUGAAAAGCUUCAACAUAUACGCACAUUUUGACGAAAUUGGCUUUGCUUCUGCUCGGAAACUAAUAUGGUUGUGCACAAAACCUGCCAUAGAUCUGUUAUAGAUUGCGGAAUUCCUUGCAGAAUCUGUUAAAAUGCUGCAUUAGAGCUAUCAUCGUCAAUAUAAGGUUCGACCAAGGCGAACUUUCAGCAAGGUCUCAGAUCUUUUUCAUUUGAAUAUGGACUGGUAGAGGAGAGUCUGCUGCAUUCUGUGAUGAACUUUGUUUUUCAAAAAAAGCUUUUCUUCCCGG